UACAGGAAUCUGUACAAGGAAGUGUGCCAUCUCUGCAUGCUUCAGAAGCACAGGAAUCUGUAGGAGGCAGAUCACCGGCCUUUCAAACCAUGUCACCUCUUAGCAGAGUACAAGGUACACCAGACACUUCUGACUUAGCAAGAACCUUACCUCAGAAAUACAGAAGGAAACUUAUGUCAGAUGAAGAGAUUGAAUUUAUUCAACGUGGAGGUCCAGAAUAAGUAUGGAAGAUGGUUUGUUGCCCACUGUUGAAGAAUGAAGUAUUAUAUUCACAAUAAAGGCAUCUCCUUAAUAUUAAAAGUGAUUGUAUACUAAUAGCUUUAACAAAAACCCACAUGAACCGUGAGAAGGUUGACACCACACACUACAUAUUGUGAUUGAGAAGUUUCUGUUGAUGGCUAACUAGCAAUUGAAUAUAUUUGGUGUCCACACCAUUAAAAUAUUUUUCUAAUUAGCCA